CCAUCUCUUUGAUUCACCCCCAUACAACAACACACUGCUAGUUCCCUUUCUGUGGGAUUUCAGGCGCUGAGGCAUGAACACGCCGACCGGUACCGAAUCAGUGUCGAUGGAGAUGAUGCAUGCCGAUGUGAAUAGUCUUAUAAAUCCAGCGAAAAUGAGCAAAUAGUGUUUAUAUUUAUGAUAAAAGCGGAAAACGGGACGGAUUGUGAACGUGCACUGGGGCAGUCUGCUUCUGUUCACCAAGAUUUGAGCCGAACUAAUGGGGAGAUCACACAGUCGGACACAAAGCUAGAACGCUCAAGACCAGAUCAUCUACUUCCUUCGUGCCAGGGACUCCAUACUGUCGUGUUGGAUGCAGCUUAAUAAGCAGAAGAAGAGAAAGAAAGGAUUUCUCUCACUCCAGCGGACUAGAUUGUUUUCGGUAUGAUGAAAAAGUGAACUUGAAUAGUUCCAGAAACCCCAAAAAAACACGUGAGACGGACCUAGAACUUUUGUGGGGGACAUCGGGCUGAAGUGGGCGGCAUCGUUGGUCAGGUAAGGAAACGGGGAUCCUGUAGGAUGACCAGCCUUUUCCGACGUAGCAGCAGUAAUGGAGGUUCUAGGGGUGGCGGAGGCUCGGCUGCAGGCGAGCUCAACAACUCCAAGCCCAACCGGCAAGUUCGACGGCUUGAGUUCAACCAGGCCAUGGAGGACUUUAAAACCAUGUUCCCAAGCAUGGACUAUGAGGUGAUUGAGUGCGUCCUGCGCUCCAACAAUGGGGCUGUGGAUGCCACCAUCGACCAGCUCCUGCAGAUGAGCAUCGACGGGCAAGGCUCAGAUGACAGUUCGGAUUCAGAUGACAGCAUCCCACCAGAGAUUCUUGAGCGGACCCUCGAGCCAGACAGCUCAGAUGAAGAGCCGCCCCCUGUCUACUCACCACCAACAUAUGACAUGCACAUAUAUGACAGGAAAUACCCUGAUGCUCCUCCUGUUCCUCCACCCAGAUUCGAGGCCCAGCCUCCCCCUGGACACAGGCAAGUCCAAGGUUACAAAAACUGGAACCCACCGUUACUUGGCAAUCUGCCUGAUGACUUCCUGCGAAUUCUGCCCCAACAAUUGGACAGUAUACAGGGCUCUCAGAGUAGCAUCUCCAUGCCCUCUUCCUCCUCCUCCUCCUCCUCAGUACCCCAGAAGGACCCAACUGUGGCGGCCGCCACAGGAACAGGUGGAGCUUCAGAGCAGGAACGCAAACUGAAGCAAUAUUUGGAGGAUGAGCGUAUCGCUCUCUUCCUGCAGAACGAGGAGUUCAUGAAAGAGCUGCAGAGGAACCGAGAGUUCCUCGUUGCGUUGGAAAGAGAUCGAUUAAAAUACGAGUCAAAGAAAUCCAAAUCCAGUCAUUCAUCAGCUAGCAUGGAGAACUCCACAGGUGACCACUAUGCUUCCGGAUCUGUAGAGGCCUGCACAGCAGUCUCAGAUGAUGCUCUGUUCAGAGACAAGCUAAAGCACAUGGGGAAAUCAACCAGGAAGAAGCUGUUUGAAAUUGCCAGAGGGUUCUCAGACAAGACGAAGCGGAGGAAGUCUAAAAGAAGAACGUUGCUACGGCAUCAUUCAUUGGGCACAGCCAACUCCACUGCCAACCUCCUAGACGAUGUGGAAGGAAACCCAUGUGAUGAAGAAAGUCAGCUCAGACGAUUGGCUGCACAGGAAGAGGAGGAGCCACGUAAGGAACCACUAUCAUGAUCCCUCCUCUGUGCUCUUGGGAAAUUAGGAUUUCCAUGGUGACCUCAGAAUGACCCAUGGCUGAUAGCUCCUUAUCUCAGCGGCUCCAGUGCAGGCAAUCCCAGACUCGAGAGGAACAGCCCAGGCAGGACUGUAUGCUCAUUUUGUAGCAGCCUUUUGCAAGCCUAAGAUUAUUGUUACCUACAUUUGAUUACUAUUAUAAUUAUUGUAUUGUAACUGUUUGUUAAUAUUUGGUUUCAUAUGUAAAACUCAACAGCUAUAGUACUGAUUUCCUAUGUCUUUUUCUUUUGUAUCCCUAAUCAUCUGAAAAGAAAUUCCCUUUUAUGUUUGUUUAAAAAUAUCAGUUACCUGAGGAGUUUCUUUCCCCAUUUAAGUUUGAUUUGACUUGCCACCAUUAGAAAAGAGGCAAAUAUUUGAUUUAGUACUGUCCAGAAGUGACACAACUAACUGUCAGUUGUUUCAGUGCAUUAGUAUAUAACUAUUUCUUUAUUUUCAAUGAACCCUGCCACUCUCAGUCUAAUCUGCACAUUAAACAUCAACAGUAUUUCCUCAAAGAAUGUACCCAGACUGUCACGUUUAUUACUCAAAGGGUUCGGGUUUUCUUAGGGGUUUGUUUUCUCCUUUCUUAAUCAUUGCUAUUAAGGAAAAAACAAUAUUCAGGUCACCAUUUAGUGUGGUGUGAUUUAAGGGUGCUGAAUAGUCCAUUUCCAUGGCCCAUUUUUACUUUUUUCAUACAAUUAAAUCAAUACAGAGUUCAUUUAGAUGAGUUGACCUCUCUUAAGGGGUCUCCGGCCAAGAAAGGCAAUGCACACUGUCAAUGCCAAAAUUCGAUUUGAGUAAUUUUUACAGAAAAAGAGAAAGGGGAAUCGCAGAUCAACCAAAAAGUUAGCCUGCUUCUCAUGUUUGCACUGCCAUAUCUGUUUUAUAAAAUAUUUGAAUGCUUCUUUUUUUUUUCAAUUGUUUCUUUGUGAAAAGUGAUUCGAUUUGUUUGUUUGAGCCGGUAUAGUUGCCAUCUGAACAUCUGUGUUUUUUUUUUUUUGUUAUCUUUGAACAGGACAAGCGGAGAAAAUUUGUAAUGAUUCUGUCUUUGAACCAACCAAAACGCUGCUGUGUGCUUUGUUUUUUCUUGCAAAUCACACUGAAUGAUUUACCCUAACGCUGUGCUUCCAGUAGGUCACGUGACUAUGUCAUAAGGUCAGAGGUCUAACUGUGAUCCACCAAUAAGAAUGUGCCAUUGUUCCUUUUAGUGUUGUGCAUCCCAGUAUUGAUUCAGUGUAAAGUAGCCUAUUGGAGGACACUGUGUGACAUUUAUGAUGUUGGUUUGUGUUUUAUCUAUGUCAGAUUGUCCAACUGGUAAAUGUGGUAGUUUGAAACCACCUAGUCACAGUAUUAUAUGUGCUGAAGCACACUUAUUGGAUUCCACCAUGGUACUGAUACACUUCAAGCUCCUGAAAUGGCCAUUAAAACUUGCUAUUUUUUUUAAAGGGCAUUAUGUACAGUAUAUGAAGUCAUGAUCAUGUUCAUGUCACAUAUGUGAUUAUAUGAUUUUUGCCAUUAUUACAGAUUAUAUAGGUAUCCAUAGGCAUCAUCAAUGACGUAUAUUUCACAUACAGUAA